UGGGAGUAUUUUGGAAGGUGAGACCAAAGCAAAAUCUCAUUUAUAAAUUUGAGAAACACCGGAGGAGCACCUGGGGCGAAUGGUCGAUGGCGACUCAGCGGCGGCGGCAGCAAGGGAAGCAAAGCUGAAGCUCCCAAGUUGCUGUUGUUGCUCUCGAUUCCCCCACUAGUAGAAUCGUAUUCCCAUUCUCUCGUACCAUUCAAGCUUCAUCAUCAUCGUCGCCGUCACCAUCUUCUUCUCCUUCGUCCAUAAAUCUCAUGUGGAAACUCCAUUGCCUCCCAACCACCCUUUCCCGAACCCUUCCCUGUUGCCAGCCUGCUUCAUCUCCUCCUCCUUUUCUCUUCUUCCCUCUGCAAUGCUCGGGCCGGAGCUCCUUCUCGCCCACUUGAUUUCGCCCUCCGACUCCUGUGAACUCCCGUUUCCUCUCGACCCGAACCCGCCCUUCGGCUUCGGCGCCGGGUUAUUCCUGGAUCCCGCCGUUCCUGCUUCAUUCGUUUCGUUAAUCGCAUCGAAGAGUUCUUCGGCUCGUGGUUUGUGUUCCUGGUCGGCGAGGAGGAGAGAGAAAAGUGGGGUUUGCUUUUUGUCGGUGAGUUUGUCAAUUAAGGGAAGGAAUGGGCUUGGCGGGGAAUCAUCGGCAGAGGUUGUGGGACGAAAUGGGGAAAAUGAUUCGAACCAGGCGGUGGUGUUUGAGGAGGAGGACGAAGAGGCGAUAAAGAAGGAUAACAAGGUUGAGGUGCGCAAAUCAGGUGCUUUGAACACCACCAAGCAUCUCUGGGCUGGAGCUGUCGCUGCCAUGGUCUCAAGAACUUUUGUUGCUCCCCUUGAGAGACUGAAGCUGGAAUAUAUAGUUCGUGGGGAACAGAAGAAUCUUUUUGAGCUCAUCCAGACUAUUGCAGCUACUCAGGGACUGAAAGGAUUCUGGAAAGGAAAUUUCAUCAAUAUUCUUCGCACAGCUCCAUUCAAGGCUAUUAAUUUCUAUGCUUACGAUACAUACAGAAAUCACCUGAUGAAAUUUUCAGGGAAUGAGGAAACCACAAAUUUUGAAAGAUUCGUUGCUGGUGCUGCAGCUGGGAUUACAGCUACCUUGCUUUGCUUACCAAUGGACACUAUCAGAACAAAGAUAGUAGCACCUGGAGGAGAAGCCUUGGGUGGCGUAAUCGGUGCUUUCCGCCACACGAUUCAAACUGAAGGGUUCCUUUCACUUUACAGGGGCCUAGGACCCUCGAUUAUAAGCAUGGCACCUUCAGGUGCAGUUUUCUAUGGUGUCUAUGAUAUAUUGAAAUCUGCUUAUCUUCAUUCCCCGGAAGGAAGGAAAAGAAUUCAACGCAUGAAACAAGGAGACCAGGAAUUGAAUGCUUUGGAACAACUAGAGUUGGGUCCCAUUAGAACUCUCCUGUAUGGUGCAAUUGCUGGUGCCUGUUCAGAGGCUGCCACUUAUCCAUUUGAAGUUGUGAGGAGACAGCUUCAAAUGCAAGUUCGGGCAACAAAGAUGAGUGCAUUGGCAACUUGUGUGAAAAUAGUUGAGCAAGGAGGUGUUCCCGCUCUCUAUGCAGGAUUAAUUCCCAGCUUAUUACAGGUUCAAAAUCAAUUUCAACUUCAACAGUGGCAGUUACCGACCAAGUUACCAAAUAAAAAAAAAAGGGCAGCCCGGUACACAAAGCUCUCGAGUAUGCAGGAUCUGGGGAAGGGACGGACCACAAUGGAUCUAUAAUAUGUAGUUUUUCCUUGCAUUUUUUCAAGAGGCUGUUUCCACGCCUUGAACCCGUGAUCUUCAGGUCACACAACGACAACCUUACUGUUGUGCCUAAGCACCCCUUCAGAUCAAGCAAGCAAAUGCUAGCAUAAAAUUAACUUUACAUUUUUACAGUAUAACAUUGUUUAUAGUUGGAAGCUAUCCCAAACUGGCACAUCUUAUGCAUCACUUGGGAAGUAGGGCAAGUUUGCCAUCUUGUAGUAUUUAUCCAUGAUUUUGCAUCACUAAAUCAGGUGAAAUGAUUAAAUUAUGAACUUUGAAAUAACUGAUUUGGUUGCAGUGAACAUGUAAAGGUACUUUUCCAAUUCUUAGAAAUACUUAUCUAUGGUGCUUUCUUA